CGCUAGAGUGAGUGACCAUUUGUUGAGACCGUGAGUGAAAGCGGUUACACGCCUACAUAGAAAAACAAAUCAUUCAUUAAUACUUUACAAUCAGAUGGAUGAUUUAUUCUACCGUGGAUUAUUCAGACAGCGACCCCUUCCGCAGGACUCAGUGUUUUUGAGCGAAAGGAUGAAGUAGUUUCUGUGGCACUCUGAGCUGACCGCCAACUACUACAGCAUGCGGCUUACUGGGAAUAUAUGACUAUUUAUGAUUUUAAUCUAUCCUACAUUGACAUUCACCCAUAGUUUGAUACAGAAAUGGUAUCAUUGACCAUUUGUUCUGUAUCUGAGUAUAUUUUAAACCACCUGCAUUGUCAUACUUGAUGAGUACUGUGUGGUUUUGCCACAUUAAUAUGCAAGCUCGAGACGCAACAUGUCUUUGUGCAUGAAUGCUGGAUAAUCAUAACUGAUCUGGGGAACAACAAGGGGAAACUCCCCCUCGGAAGACUUCUGAACAAUGACUGGACCAAACGCCACCGGCGGCGGCUCAACUGCCAAGAUUAGCAGACACGGUCGGUCCAAAAGCACCAGUACCUACUGUCACACUACGGGUCCCGCUGCGGAAUCCUCCUCGUCCACUGCCGCAAACAACACCGGUCGGUCAUCCGGUGAGGAAGACGAGAAAGACGGCGGGGUCCCGUUUUUCGUCAACAGGACGGGCUUUCCCAUAGAUAAUGUCACCUGGGAGAGAAUGUGGUCGCACGUCACUAAAGUUCAUCCUGAUGGACAUGAGAUGGUGGAUAGAAUACGAAAUGCAACACACCUCCCAAAACACCCUGUGCCAUUGGUUCCCAACUUUAAGCCAUCAAUGUCAGUGCCUGAUUGGCUCCAUGCCGUCCAGAACUACAUGAGAAACCUGCAAUACAACCACACAGGAACUCAGUUUUUUGAGAUUAAGAAAACCAGACCUCUGAGUGGGUUGAUGGAGACUGCCAGAGAGAUGAUACGAGAAUCACUUCCCAUCAAAUGCCUUGAAGCAGUUAUUCUUGGAAUCUACCUAACCAACGGUCUGACCUCUGUGGAGCGGUUCCCCAUCAGCUUUAAGACCCAGUUCUCCGGACACCACUUCCAUCACGUGGUGCUGGGCGUUUACUGCAACGGCCGCUACGGCACCCUGGGUAUGAGUCGGCGUGCUGACCUUAUGGACAGAUCUUUGAGCUUUCGUACGCUCAGCGAGUUGGUGUUCGACUUUGAGGACUCAUACCGCCGCUACCAGCACACCAUGAAGAAGAUCAAGAUCGGCCUGUACGUGCCCCAUAAUCCGCACGUUUUCCAGCCUAUUGAGUGGAACUAUCUGGUGAUCAACGCCUGCAAGCAGGGGCAUGAAGACAUGCGCAAAGAGCUGGAGAAACACGGCCGUGACAUGAGGAUGAAGAUCCUCAAGUCGUCCAGCGCUCAGUCUCCAAUCAAAGAACGAAGCCGAGGCAAGUCUUUAUCACCGCGCCGCCGAUCAGCCAGCAGUCCCCAAAGACGCCAACAUGUCCACAGAAGAGACAAAUCGCCAGCAGCACUGGACCGAAAGCCAGCAGAGCUCAGCACUCUCAGUGACGGCUACCAGAUCCGCAUCUGAGACACUACAGCUUUAUCCUCCACACGUCCUCCCUCCACCCAACAUGUUCUUAAACACCACUUAAUGCACACUGUCAACUGUACAGUAUAUUAAACAUAUUUAUAGUUGUACUUCCGUGUUAGAGGUAACCUGGGUGCCCCUGUCAAAUUUAAAAGAGAUUCAUUUUUUCCAGCCGUAGCAUAUUUUUAUUAGUGGAAAUUUUAAGUAGGAACCAAAAUCAGCUUUGCUUAAGAAUAUUUUACCCAAAUAAUCGUCAUGUAUUUUAGAAGACAAAGAAAUAUUCAAGCGUAUGUGUAUUUUCGAACAGAAUCUUCACUAGCAGUGAGAGCCGGAGUGUGAAUGGAUUGUGUUUGGCAGAGAGAUUUAAACCUCGGUGCCUCGUGCUGUAGUGGUGGUAGUUUUGGAGACUGACCGUCCCUUUUGUAGAAGAAGACGCUUAUUUUGCUAGAGGCGAAAGGACGCAGGGGACCAGAGCGUCAGAGAGCUACCCAUUCUGCUCACAAGUAUGAACUGUAUUCAAUCCAGUUUACUUCUUUUUUUUGUUGUUGUUUACCUGCACAGAGUCACAAACACUCCUGUUAUAUGGAUGGAAUGGACAUGAUUUAUUGACUGAAGGUUUGAGGCUAACUUACAUUGGGCUUUGUACUGUUUUUUUUUUUUCCUCAUAAAAAUAUCACGGUUGUAAUUGUAGAGAAAUAGUUUUAAUUUUUUUGUAUCAUUUAAAAUUCUUGUUUUUACCGGUUGUUUAACCAGUAGUGUUUUGUGUUAUGAUAUUUCAACAAAAUCUCUGAGGUGUGAAGGUUGCGAAGGCUGCACAUAAUCCUUGAGUUUCCACACAUUUGUUAGGAAAAAAAAAAUAAUAUAAUAUAUAUAUAUAUAUAUAUAUAUAUUUUUUUUUUUUUUUUUUGCAGCGGCAAAGUUAUAAGCCUUUUUAUCAGCUUCGCUAAUGAAUGCAAGUUAAGCGGAUAAGUGGGUUUUUACGGAGCCCCUAAAGGACCAUGGUGAUGGGAAAAAAAUAUUUUAAAUAUAAUAAAAUAACAAAACAAAAAAAACGAAGACAAAAAAGAAACUUUGCUAUGAGCGAACGCAAAACUGGUGAUGGAAAUAAAAUGAACUGAGAAGAAACAACUACAUUUCAAUGCUUUUGUUAGCGAGCACAAAGUUUCUUGGGGGAACACAAUACUUUUGCCACAAAUGCAAAAGUUUUGCGAGAGGAAAGUUUCUCGGGUGAAAAACUUUUGUCUCAAAACACAAAGUUUCUUGAGGGAAUGCAAAAACAUUGAAUACGAUUUUUCCUCCCAUCUAUUUUUUUUUUUCCAUCACCUUGUCCCUUUAGGGGCUCAUUCAAGUAAGUUCUAACUGUAUUAGAAAAUCACCUUUUACUAAUCAAGUAAACACAAAAUCCCAUCUCUUUAUCAACAGCAUAUGACUUCAAACUUUCCCACCUCGUGAGAAUAAGCUAUGCACGUGGAAAAGGUCUGCGGAUCCGUCCUUCUUGACAGCAGACCUGUUUUUGAAAUUGUAGCAAUGACAUUGUUGCUCAUUUUUCGGGUUGUAUGUGAGCCGUUCCUCUCUGAUCGUUGUUUAUUGGGUGCUGUUGACCAAACUACCACAUUAUAGCUCAUUCUGCCUUGUAAUUGGUACCAGCUUUCUAUCUAAAGCUAUUGAACCACACAAGUGCCAGACCACUGAAUAUGUCAAACUCAUCCUUAAAGGGACCGUU